GUUAAUUGUUUACACUUUUCAGAACUUCUGACAAAUUUUCGUCUUCUGAAUGUUCGAUCCUUGUGGUUCGAGCUUAAUAAAUUAUUUUAAGCUAUUGCAUAGCUUCUAUCGCGGGCCUUGAGCGCGGGGACCGAAUCAAGAAAUUCCGUAACGAAAAAAACCUCACACUCCCCACUCCGACGGGCGGAGGUGUGGCUUGAAGGAGUUGAAGCCUGAAGGCAUAGCAAUUACUAAUUAGCAUCACAGAGCAAGUAAUAUUAGCAUGCAAAUAGCUUUACCGCGGCAGACCCCGAGUGCCACACGUCGUUUUUUAUCCUAAAUUCUAAAGACUUCUAUAGAUCCUCACUUCAAUAGAUUUCAAUUUUGAAAUAAAUACAACAUGGUAAUGAAGCUGCUCAAUUCAAUUCAGAAUUGGCUUGAAAAAACUCCAAAUCAUACGUGCUUUCGCGUAAACAAACUUAAAGUUUUCGAUAUUCAAAAUCUACAAAGUAUAUUUGUUAACCAAAGUGAAGAAUUGAGCACAUCUACUUUACCUGAAUAUAACUUUUUAAAAAGCGAUUGUUUAAUAGUGAAGCCUUGGUCAGACAAUGUAGUUGUUAAGCAAGAUAAUUCUAAAGUGAUGGUGGAUGCAUCAUGUGGAGCUGCGGUCUUAAGAGGUUCUCACGUUUUUGCUCCCGGAGUACUUGGAUUACAAACAAGUUGUCAGCUCAAUGAUCUUGUGGAUAUUUAUGCAGAUCUUGAUGGAAAAUGCAAAAGGGGUUUAAAAAUAGAUUACAAUGGCAAGAAGGAAUAUGUUGGCACUGGGUACCUUAAAAAACUGCGCCGUGAUCUCUUUGAUGAAGGUAUCCAACCUAGUGGUAUCGGUAUACAAACGUUACUCCCCGCAUCCAAGUUGCCUGUUAUAAAUGAAUCACUGUUUCCACAAGGACAGGUACUCUUACAAAACCUGCCGUCGAUUGUCUGCGGGUGGGUUGUAAAUGCGAAGCCCAAUGAGCGCAUACUAGACAUGUGUGCGGCUCCAGGCAAUAAAACAACGCAUUUAGCUGAAAUGUCUGAUGAUAAGGCAAUAAUCACAGCAAUUGAUAAGACAGAGAAAAAGGUAGAUCUCAUAAAACAAAACUGUGAGAUUCAAGGUGUUACAUGCGUAAAUGCAUUCACAUUUGACUCUAGACAUUGUUAUUCAGAAACUGCAAGUGAAGAUAGAGAAGGGCCUCCAUUUCCCGCCAAUACUUUUGACAAAGUUCUGUUAGAUGCUCCUUGUAGUGGGCUGGGUCAACGACCUAGAUUAAUCAAUAAUAUGACACCAAAAAUGUUGCAGUCUUACAAAUUUAUACAAAGGAAGUUGCUAGCAGCGGCGGUCAAAGUUUUAAAAUCUGGCGGAAAAUUAGUAUACAGUACAUGUACAGUGACAUUAGAAGAAAAUGAGGAAAUGGUGAAAUGGGCUCUAGACAAGUUUCCAUGCUUGCGGUUAGUGCCAGCAGAUCCACUGUGCGGUGGCCCUGGAUUACCAGAUUGUGGUCUAAACGAUAAUGAAAGGCUAAUGGUGCAACGAUUUGGUCCUGAAGAAGAUCCGUUAAGACCGGUCGACGAUAUAUACAGAAAUUCAAUUGGUUUCUUCAUAGCGGCUUUUACAAAAAUCGAAUGAUGUAAAAUUGUAAAGGUAAUUAAUAUACAUAUUAUGU